CCUUUCUCUGCAUUCCUGCCUUGCCGCUGAGGCUCCAGCCAGCCGUGUCGUUUCUCAGUAUCACCGCGCUUGCAAGCAAUAAACCAAAGCCAAGGAACCUCGGGCAAAGCCCCUGUGUUUGGCUGCCCUUCCCUGCCAGGGCCAACUUAUGGCCACUGCCUCUGGCUCAGUUCUUCUGCUGGGGGAUCCAUCUGCUUUUGCUGCCGCCCUCAAGACUCUCAUCAACAACCCCCAGUUCAGUGAUGUAACUUUUCUGGUUGGCAAAGAGAAGCAGAAAGUCUUUGCCCAUCGCUGUCUACUCUCCACCCGCUGCCAAGUUUUCCAUGCAAUGCUAAGCCAGCCUGAUGAGAUGCAAGUCCCGCUGAUCCUGAAUCACAUGCAGCCAGAAGUGUUCCUUACAGUCAUUGAGUACCUGUACACCAAUGGUGUCACUCUCAGCAAUGUUACUGCCCUUGAGGUUUUGACUUCAUCCAUUCAAUAUGGGUUAAAUGACCUCAGAAAGCUAUGCAUUGAAUUCAUCAAAGACACACUAAAUGUGAACCAAGCAUGUGAGGCCUUUCAGGCAGCAGUGGCAUAUGGACUACUAGAUUUGCAAACAUAUUGCUUGGCCUUCAUUGAGAAUCAUACUCAGGAGGUGACCCAAACACGUGGGUUCUUGGAACUGUCAGAACAGGCAAUGCAAAUUAUUUUGCAGAGUGACUGUUUGACUAUUGACGAGGUGAAGCUGAUCCAUGCUGUACGAGAAUGGGCUCAUGUUGGCUCUGCUGUGCUUGAUAGGACUGUGCAUGACAUGGCACGAUCUGUGGUGCCACAGCUCCGUCUGGCUCUGCUGUCCCCAAGGGAACUGACCUUUCUGGAAGAAGAGAACAAAAAAGACCAGAUGAUUCCGGUAGAGAGUUUUGCUGAGGCCUGGAAAACCCAUGCUCUGUGGAAAAGGCGUGGGAUGCAACCCUCCUUGUGCCAGCGCCGGCGUGGCACAUUGCCUCGAGUCCAUCAUCGCCACCUUGACCCCCAGCAUAAGUGACAUGAUAUCCUUGGGAUGAGGGAGGAAGCAGCACUUUUCGUGCCCAGCCAAGGACCAGUUUGGUCUAGUGAUUAAGGUACCGGGCUAGAAACCAGAUCUAGUCCUGCCUUAAGCCUGAAAGCUGAUUGGAUGAUUUUGGGUCAAUCAUUCUCUCUCAGUCCAACCCACCUCACAGGGUUGUUGCUGUUGUGGGGAAAGUAGGAGGAGGAAGGAGUAUUAGGUAUGAUCACUACCUUGAGUUGCUUAUUUAAAAAAAACCCUUUCUAUGAUAUGAGCUGCUGCUUUUGGUUUUCCCUUGGAUGCUGUAUUAGGGUUUCCAACCUUGGCAACUCUAAGACAUGUGGACUUCAACUUCCAGAGUUCCUCAUCCCGCAAACCUGGCAAAGGAACUCUGGGAGUUGAAGUCCAUAAGUCUUAAAGUUGUCAAGGUUGGAAACCCCUGCUGUAUGUACAUAAUCGAGUCCAGAAUUUGGGGGUGACCUGCUCCUUCCAGCCAAGGUGAACAAUUUUAUUUUUUUUAACAGAGCUUUUAAUCAUCAAGGAAACUUUUCAGCUUUGUGGCCAUUCCUUGUAUUAAUUCCUCCACUUUAACCUAUUUGCCUCCAUUUGCUAUUAAAGAUGGCGCUGCCUUGUCUUCCUCACUAUUUCUUCUUUUCCUUUUGAAUAGCUAUACUCCAGUCAUGGGGCCCAUCCCACCAGCUCUUUGUUGUACCUAUUAAAUAUUUGCCUUCCUGUCUGAAGAACACUGUACAAUCCUUUUGCAAACACAUGCCAACCAUUUUAGAGUGAUUACGCUGGGGAGAGUGAUUUUGUAACAAUCUGAACCCUAGCUGAAAAUGCUUGACCUCUUGAUCAGACUACUGCCCUUUCCCUUUAUAGAAACAUUUUUUUAUACGGACCCUUUUGUGUGGAGCAUCUAAUGGUUCACAUAAGCAGCACUAAAAGCAAACUAUUGAUUUAUCAUUGUGUGUGAGUUUUCUUUUUAAAGACCCAAGUUUUUUUUUCUAAUUGCCAGAUUAGAAGCAACUACCUUGCUGCGCUGUCUCUUGCAAAACAGCUUUGUAGACAUGCGCAUACUGCAGGGGUCAAGGUAACCUGACCAACUAAAUGAUUUGUCCCACGAGCAUGCAUCAAAGUGAAUCAGAUCUGACUCUGCUGUGGCUAUUAACAUCAUGUAUCUCCUGUUCCAAUCAAGUAAAUGCCAGAUACCCAGGCUGCUUUGGAUGGAGAUCCAGGCCCCGCCUAGAUUUGUUUGUUUGAGUGCCUGGUUGCUAGGUAGGUCAAUGACUUGGAGAAUACAGAAGAACGAAACCUCCCAUUUACCCUGUUGCAAUAUAUUGAAUCACCUGGUUCAGGCAUUGCUAAUAUCAGCUUCUCCUGUGUGUGAAAAUGAGAGUGGGAGUAAGAUUAGCCAAUAGUGCAUGGAUAAUACAGUUAUGUGGGGACGCGGUGGCUUAGUGGCUAAGACGCUGAGCUUGUCGAUCGAAAGGUCGGCAGUUCAGCGGUUCAAAUCCCUAGUCCUACGUAACAGGGUGAGCUCCCAUUACUUGUCCCAGCUUCUGCCAACCUAGCAGUUCGAAAGCACAUAAAAAUGCAAGUAGAAAAAAUAGGGACCACCUUUGGUGGGAAGGUAACAGCGUUCUGUGUGCCUUUGGCAUUUAGUCAUGCCGGCCACAUGACCAUGGAGAUGUCUUUGGACGGCACUGGCUCUUCGGCUUUGAAAUAGAGAUGAGCACUGCCCCUAGAGUCGGGAACGACUAGCACAUAUGUGCGAGGGGAACCUGUACCUUUACCUUAAUGCAGUUAUGAUCUAAAAUAGCAAAUAUUUUGCAAACAAGCAAACCAAGAUCCACAUUUGAUGAGCAUUGUGUGAUUUCUAAAAAUGGUAAAUGUAAUUGUUUAUGAGGCAGAGGUAUUUAGAACAGACUGGCCUUAUGGGGUUAUAUAUUACAUUUUGUUUCUUGCCAUGAUCUGAAUUCAAACUGCCCUGUGUCCUUGGCUUCAUUUGCCAUUUUGGAAGUAAGGUAGAAAAUGCCUAUUAUGCUAUGAUAUUUUAUGUGUGAUUCCAAAAUACGUGUAUUUAAUUCUCAAAACAAACCUUAACAAGUGCAUUAUAUAAAAAGCUAGGAAGACAUAAGACCUUUCAAACACUGAAAAUAUUUGAAACUAGUGUAAGUGUAGUAUAAGUAUAACUAACAAAAAGUAUAGAAUAGCUUCAUAUAGCUAUACAGAAUUAAGUCCUUUUGUUAAUAGAUCACAUCUGUUCUAAUAGAAAAUUCUCUAAUUUGUACCCUUUUAUUUAUUCAAGUGGAAAAUCCAUUGAAUUAAUAAAUAUGCUCCCAUAUUGUUGUUUCUUACGUCAAUUAUGCAAGUCAGAGUACAUUUGAAUUUGGUUUUCCUAUUUGUUUUGUUUUUAAUUAACACUCUAAUGGAUUAGC